AUGAGUAGCUCAUUGCUUGUUGCAAUGGUGAAGUUGUUUGCGUAUCUUGAGAUUGUUGAUGGUGAAAGUUUUCAUGAAUUUUCGGGAUUUCCUUAUAGACUAAGUGAAAGUGCUAGUGGUUGGUUCCUGGUAUCGAGGGCUUUGUUGGAGCAGUAUAGCUCAACUGAAAAUUGUGUUGAGUUUGUGAGUUCUGCAUGGAUUACUGGUAUCAAGAAACACAUCACAAAUCCAGUACCACACCAGAACUACAGGAUUUUACAACCAAACCUUCACUGCCACCACCCUAAAUUUUUUGGGAUGGUUACUAAGGAUAGGCCAUGGCAUAUACCGAAGAUCAUUAUUUUAUAUUUUACUAUCUGUGUCAAGUUGAUGAGUCUCGUAAUCUAUUAAUGUUAUGUCACUGUCAAUAGUAGUAUCAUAGAUACACUUUAAGAAAAUGAAACACUUUGAAUUCCACUGUGAAAACCCACUGUCAUAUAAUGUUUAUUGAAGUGGAUGACACUUGUAUCUG